CCGGUUAGUGACUAUGUUUUACAAAUGAUUAUUUUUGCUGGUGAAGGUUUGUGAUAGUUGGUAGUGAUCUUUAAAUAAAAACGUGUGAUUGCAUGUAGUAAACAUUUCAAAGUGAUUCGAGUGCAUAGGCCGUAUAACUCUAAUCUGCUUGCCGGAAGCAGCAACCAUGUCUGGCACCGGGGGAGGGAAGCGAGCCUCAGGUGGGGACAGCUCCCCUGGUCCACCUGAGAAGAAGUGUAAAAAAGAGGAAAAGACCACCACCACUCUCAUUGAGCCCAUACGCAUUGGGGGAGUGUCCUCUACGGAGGAGAUGGACAUGAAGGUGAUCCAGUUUAAGAACAAAAAGCUGAGUGAGCGUCUGGAGCAGAGGCAGACCAUGGAGGAUGAGCUGCGGGAGAAGAUCGAGAAGCUGGAAAAGCGACAAGCUACUGACGAUACCACACUGCUCAUUGUGAAUCGCUACUGGUCCCAGUUGGAAGAAAAUGUUCACGUCCUGCGCCGACGCAUUGACCCCACGGUGGUCCCGGCACCCCCCGCUACUCCUGUUUCUACCCCUACCCCGAUGGACGCGGAUGGCAUGAUGAUCCCACCACCCCCUCCCUCAGCCCCACUCCCAGUGCCAGAACACGAGGAGAAACAGCCUCCACCACCCGACGGUAUGGAGAUAGCUCGUGAACCACAGCAGGACUCGACAACCGCCCCGCCGCCCACUACUACCCUCAGUGAGAGUACCAAAGCCUUCCUCUCCACUUUGGACAACAGCAGUGAGGAGGAGCUCAGCCUGCAGCUGCGGGACAGGAUGCAGUUCAGCAAGGAGGCCGCUGCCUGCAUGGUCUGCGUCUUCGACAGGCUGCACAGCCGCAUCGACGGCCUAUGCACCCAGAUCCUGUCCUCAGCGUGUGACGAUGACAGCCAGGAAGAGAUGCUCCGUCUGAAUCGUACUCUGCUAGAGGAGAAUGGCAGACUGCAAGACCUGGCCUCCUCCCUGCAGGGCAGACACCACAAGAUGUCUAUGGAGUACAACGAGCUUGUGGAUAAGGUGACAAGCUCGGAGACCAAGGUGUCUGAGAUGGAGACUGCUGUGGAGGAUCUACAGUGGGACAUCGAGAAGCUCCGUAAGAGGGAACAGAAGCUCAACAAGCAUCUGGCUGAGGCAUUGGAGCAGUUGACCUCGGGCUACUACACCACUGGCAGCUCAGGGGGGCUACCCGGUGGCCAGAUCACCCUCAAUAUACAGAAGUUUGAGAGCCUGAAUGCAGAGUUGGAGCAGAACCAGGAGCUGGCCAACAACCGCAUGGCAGACCUGGAGAAACUACAGCAGGAGCUCCAGGAGGCUGUCAGGGAGAGCGAGAAACUCAAGUUGGACCUGAAAAAUAUUCCAGAGGAUGUGGUGAAAGAGACCGCGGACUACAAGUGCCUGCAGUCCCAAUUCUCCCUGCUCUACAACGAGUCUUUGGGGGUGAAGACCCAGCUGGAUGAGGCCCGGGCCCUGCUCCUCACCGCAAAGAACGCCCACCUCCGACAGAUAGAGCACAUGGAGAGUGACGAGCUGUCCCUACAGAAGAAACUCCGCACAGAGGUCAUCCAGCUGGAAGACACGCUGGCCCAGGUGCGCAAGGAGUACGAGAUGCUGCGCAUCGAGUUUGAGCAGAACCUGGCGGCCAACGAGCAAGCAGGCCCAAUCAACAGAGAGAUGCGCCACCUCAUCAGCAGCCUCCAGAACCACAACCACCAGCUGAAAGGUGACGUGCAGCGUUACAAGCGGAAGCUCCGGGAAACACAGAUGGAGAUCAACAAGUUGCGGUGUCAGAGUGGUGACACCGGGCUUCUGUCGUUGGAGGAGCCGGUGAGCGACAGCCUGGAGGUGAAGAAAGAGGAUGAUGAAGACCAAGAGGAGGAGGAGGAGAGGAGGAGGGAGCUGGAGAGACAGCGGUCCCGGGAGAGAGAGCGGGAGACAGAGAGGGAACGAGAGAGGGAGCGAGAAAGGGAGCGACAGCGCAGCGAGGAGUUGAAGAGGAAAGAUUCGGACACCCUGAAGAUGCUGAGGGCGGAACUUAAGAAAGCCCAGGAGUCUCAGAAGGAGAUGAAACUACUUUUGGACAUGUACAAAUCAGCUCCCAAAGAGCAGAGGGACAAAGUGCAGCUUAUGGCAGCAGAGCGCAAGUCUAAAGCCGAGGUGGAUGAGUUGCGGGUGCGUGUUCGAGAGCUGGAGGAGAGAGAGAGGAAGGAGAGCAAGAAGCUGGCUGAUGAGGACGCUCUCAGGAAGAUCCGUGUGGCAGAGGAGACGAUCGACCACCUACAGAAGAAGCUCACUGCCACCAAACAAGAGGAGGAGGCCCUACUGAGUGAGAUGGACGUGACGGGCCAGGCCUUUGAGGACAUGCAGGAGCAGAACAGCCGGCUGAUGCAGCAGCUGAGGGAGAAGGACGACGCCAACUUCAAGCUGAUGUCGGAACGCAUCAAGUCCAACCAGAUCUACAAGCUGCUGAGGGAGGAGAAGGAGGAGCUGGCUGACCAGGUGCUCACCUUCAAGACCCAGGUGGAAGCCCAGUUAUUGGUUGUACAGAAGCUGGAGGAGAAAGAAGGCAUCCUCCAGAGCUCACUGACCAAUCUGGAGAAAGAGUUAGGAGUUCGCAUACAAGCACUAGAACUCAACAAGAGGAAGGCGGUGGAGGCAGCCCAGCUGGCUGAGGACCUUAAGGUGCAGCUGGAUCACACCCAGUCCAAGCUGAGGAAGAUCCAGGUAUCUGUGUCUGAGAACCGCAACGCCAGAGAGAGGGAGUUGGGCAACCUCAAAAGAGCGCAGGAGGACCUGUCCAGGCUACGACGAAAGCUGGAGAAGCAGAAGAAAGUGGAGGUGUACACUGAUGCUGAUGAGAUCCUGCAGGAGGAGAUCAACCAGUACAAGGCGAAGCUGCGUUGUCCGUGCUGCAACACCCGCGACAAGGAGACGGUGCUCACCAAGUGUUUCCACGUUUUCUGCUACGAGUGUCUGAAGACGCGCUACGACACCCGACAAAGGAAGUGCCCCAAGUGCAACUGUGCCUUCGGAGCCAACGACUUCCACCGCAUCUACAUCACCUAACUGCCGAGGAAAAGAAGAGAAAAGAGAUAAAGGGAGGGGAGGAAGAAAAUGAAAAAAUGGAUGGAAGUGAGUGUGGUUGGAGAGCUUAGUUUUGUCUUUGCUUUCUUGAAGGACUUUCUUAUAUUGCGUCAUUGCCGGUUGGUGCUAGUGACCAAACAGAUAGUUGUGACUGAGUGAGAGUCUAAAAACCGAAGUGCACAUACUAAGGUAUUCAUACUUCUGGAUACUCUGUUUUUGUUUUUCUGUCACAUCUUUUCUUUUGAUCAGGUCUUGCCCGUGUGGCAAUUAACUUUUAACUAGGUCUUUGUCGUGGCCCUGUAUGAUUUUGUUUACACUACUGUUAAAAGUUGGGGGUCACUUAGAAAUGUCCUUGUUUUUGAAAGGCAGGCAUAUUUUUUUGUCCAUUUUUAAAAUAACUUCAAAUUGAUCAGAAAUAGUGUACAUAUCGUUAAUGUUGUAAAUUGCUAUUGUAGCUGGAAACAGCUGAUUUUAAAAAUAAUAAAAAAUGAUUAUGGAAUAUCUACAUAGGCGUACAGAGGCCCAUUACCAGCAACCAUCACUCCUGUGUUCCAAUGGCACAUUGUGUUAGUUAAUCCAAGCGUAUCAUUUUUAAACGCUAAUUGGUCAUUAGAAAACCCUUUUGCAAUUAUGUUAGCACAGCUGAAAACUGUUGUUUUGCUUAAAGAAGCAAUAAAACUGGUCUUUAGACUAGUUGAGUAUCUGGAGCAUCAGCAUUUGUGGGUUCGAUUACAGGCUCAAACUGGCCAGAAACAAUUACCUUUCUUCGGAAACUCAUCAGUCUAUUCUUGUUCUGAGAAAUGAAGGCUAUUCCAUGCGAGAAAUUGCCAAGAAACUGAAGAUCUCGUACAACGCUGUGUACUACCAUCACAGAACAUUGCAAACUGGCCCUAACCAGAAUAGAAAUGGGAGUGUGAGUCCCCGGUGCACAACUGAGCAAGAGGACAAGUACAUUAGAGUGUCUAGUUUGAGAAACAGAUGCCUCACAAGUCCUCAACUGGCAGCUUCAUUAAAUAGUACCCGCAAAACACCAGUCUCUAUGUCAACAGUGACAAGGCGACUCCGGAAUGCUGGCCUUCUAGGCAGAGUUGCAAAGAAAAAGCCAUAUCUCCGACUGGCCAAUAAAAAUAAAAUAUUAAGAUGGCAAAAGAACACAGACACUGGACAGAGAAACUGCCUAGAAGGUCAGCAUCCCGGAGUCGCCUCUUCACUGUUGAUGUUGAGACUGAUGUUUUGUUGGUACUAUUUAAAGAAGCUGCCAGUUGAGGACUUGUGAGGCGUCUGUUUCUCAAACUAGACACUCUAAUGCGUCCAGCUACAAUAGGCAUUUACAACAUUAACAAUGUCUGUACUGUAUUUCUGAGCAAUUUGAUGUUAUUUGAAUGGACAAAAAAUGUGCUUUUCUUUUAAAAAAACAAGUACAUUUCAAAGUGACCCCAAACAUUUGAAUGGUAGUGUACAUUGACUUCCCCAGAAUCAUCCUUGAGAACACCCGUAUGUGCUUGUUUCCGGUAUUCUAAGAAAAGACCACUCUGAAGAACUGAGAUUCAAUCUCUGGAUGCAAGUCUAGUCGAGUUCUGUACAAAUGCGACUCAAUUCAGUAAAAUUUAAUGUGCAGAGAUUUCACCAGAUAAUACUUGUCCUUCAGACAAGUAGGACAGAUUUGUUCUUUUUGGUCAGAAAGCUCAAGUCACCAAAGAGUGAUACUUAAAAUUGUUGUAUGAUUCAAGGAACCACUUUACAAUAUAAAAAUGACCAUUGUUGCUACCGUAUAGAGAAUCAGACAAAUGUAGGCUACCCUCUGCAUUAUGGGCUUCUUUGCAUAUUCAAGCCUGUCUCAAAAUAGAACACUGCCCCUUUUAGAUGCACCUGGAGGAUGAUUGGCAACCCUUAAAUAGCCCCCCAAAAUAUUGCAGUUACAAUUCCAACCGAAUACUUUUGGUCUUUAAUAAAUAAUUGACUAAUUUAAUGAAUCGGGAAUCAAAUGGCUACAGUAGGUCUCUUAAAAGAACGACAUGUUUAUAACAUUGUAAGGCUGAAAUAUUCAGGUUUCAGUGGAGGUUUAUUGACCGCACUGUUCAACCAAUCCAAUAAAUGUGGAGGAAGAAUUAAGAUGGAAUGUCACCUUGGCUACUAUGAAGCUAUUCUAAGAUUUUAACGUCAGAAUGACAUUGCCAAUGUUGAAUAGGGGGUAUACCAGCUUUCCAAUGGUGUUAGAUUUAUUCCUCAACUUCCAAUAAUUAAUACAUUUCAGAUAUGCUAUCCCCAAAAUAAUCAUUUGGUUGUGUUUAUGAAGGUCUUUGCUAACAUUAGACUGAGUUUUUUAAUUUAUUUUUUAAGAACACUUUGGCAUUUUCAUUCAUUUAUUUUACUGUAGGCUAUCUGUAAAAAUGAGGGGGAAAAACCACAAAGCACCACAAUUGUUAAGUCAUCACACAGAAAUCCAUUAUAAGUACGUUUUGGAAGGUCUUAUACAGCCCGGUGCAGUCCAAAUUGUGUUUUUCCUGUGUUUCGUAUCAUUGUACAACAGCUGAUGAAACAUACACUGUAAAAGUGUGAACAAAAUUGAUGUGUUGUUUUCUGAUAGUUCCUGCUUGAAAAUACAAUAUACACAGGACCUUCAAAUCAGCCUGUUUGCAUGAGUGGGAGUUUCUGCUUGCCUGGUGGGAAAUUGGUUAAUAAACCAAUAACAAAGAGAGUUCCAAACCUCUGCUAAUAACAGCAAGUUUUUCCCUCCCCACUUAGACCACUCCCACGUUGUUCCCUCCCCCACUUAGACCACUCCCAGACAGUCUUAAUUAACAAAAAAUCUUGCUUGAGAAAGUUUUUUGCAAAAAAUAUUGUUGUUCAUUUUAAUGGAAAACUGUUACAGUAAGGUACUUGUUAUCCAGAAAUGAUUUGAUGUUGAUAUAAACAUGGCUGAAUUGGAAAAUGUAUUUCAAAAGAACAGAGUAAAAUAUUUUCCGUUUUAUUUUAUUACUAGAAGUUGUUGCUUAGUAGCCUCGGCUAUGCUACCUCCAGUACUCUGUGUGGAGUGCAUGGAACAGCGUUUUUGGUUGGGAAAAGUUAUAUUUUGAAAUAGAGCUCAUCUUGGUUAUUUGGCAAAUAAAGGUCUUUCUGAUAGAUAAAAAUGACCUGCAAGAACCUGUAGAAUGAUUAGAAAAUGCUGCUUUUUGGUUAAGCUUAGUUAAUUACAAACGCUUCAAUGUUUCUCUGUCUCUUCUCGGGCCCAAGCACAUUGGCACACAUGCAGGUGAUUGAUGCGCACAACAUUACAUUUCCAGGAUUUUCAUGACCGUACCUGUGUGCUGACCAACAAUUAGCUAUAACUGGGCAAAUAACUCCCUAACCAGCAAGGAAUAUCAACAAAUGUGCACAUGUGGCUACAGAUAAGCACAUUCUUAUUCAAAUUUUUUUUUUUGAUAUUGUGAUUAUUAUUUUUACAUGUCUUUUUUUAACACAACAUCUUCUGCUUGUCUGACACUUAUUUUUACUUGCCCCGGACAAUCUGAAAGUCAAGCCUCACUAUUGUCAAUAGGAAUCAUUCGACACAAAGUAGGCCGUUUUUAGUUUGUCUCAGAAUCAGCACAGAAAGGAGUGUUAAGGAUCACCUUGGGCUAGAUCUUUGUGUGUUAAGCCAGUUAUGACCAAUCCUCUUGCUACCACCUAGUGACUCAGUCACACACAACAUCUGCAGGUUUUAGUGCCUCAUUACUGAUGACAUCAUUUCAGUGGAAUAGUCAGCUCAUGAGUGUCAUACUAAGUGGGCUGUCCCAUCCAAGUCCUCCAAGACUACUUUGUUAAAGUUUACUUGUACAUUAGUCACAAAACAUCUGUUACAACCAUAUAAUAAGCCUUUAAUGGAACCUCUGAACACCAUUUUCCUCUGUUCUGAUGAUGUUAACAGUAUAAUGAGAGCUUGGUAAUGCGUUUGAAGUUAGCUCCUGUGAGAACUAAAAUCAUAACUGGCCUCAAAAAAACCACAGUGAGACUCUGGUGAUCUAAAGUCAAUGGCAAAAAAACAUGUUAUGUAUUGGUUCAAAAUAAGACCUCUAUAAUAUUUUGAUGUAAUGUUGUGUCUGGGUAUUGGGAUUGGUAUAAAUGAGUAGAGUGUGUGGGCUCUGAUUGUGUGAUAUGAACAUACAUGUCAUUCGGAACAUACUAGUGAUCAUUUUGUAUUUCACAGUGUAGAAGUUGUUUUCCUAGUAAAAACUUGAACUUGUGCAUCAUGAGUUGAAUGUUGAAUACAUUUCCUCAUCUUAGGGUUUUCUGACCUCUUCUCAACAUUUUGGGAGGUCAAUAAUGGGAAAGCAUUUGAUCUUGCUAAAAAAGCAGAAGUAUCAAAUGCACACGAGUCUGUGAGUGUUGCAGUUCCCACUUGUGCGCCUAACAUUUGGUUGCCCAAUACUGUAUAUAGGAGGAGGGGUUUUGCGUUGUGUUUUUACAGAUGUUGCUCCUUCCUGAGGAUGGUAAAAAAAAAAAAAAAAAUCAUUUGACUGUCAAGUGUUACAUAUGCAUACAACCAUAUGACCAUACAAAAUAAUAUAUACCAUACAUGUAUACAACAAAUAUGAGAUGGUGAGAUUUUAAAAAAAAUUACAAAAAUAAAAACAGAACCUACUCAUGUGAACCAAGAUGAGGAUCCCCCUCUGUAAUUGUAUUAAUUUCCCUGUAGUGUUUCUCAGAAAAAUACCACUUUGCAUCACAAAAGUUCCUCUUCUGUGAAGUUUUAAACAACCCUGAACGUAUUCAACCCCAGUGUAAAGUGCUUUUCUUCACUGCUUAUGGGAUCCAUAUGCAACUGCCGGAUACUUGUAUUUUUUGGCAGUGCUCAGUGAAUGACGUGACAGGCGUGGUAAUAACAAUGAGAACACAAUUAAUUCCAGAUCUUUACAGACUUUGCACUCCGAAGUUGGCUAAGGGAAAAUCAAAAAGGGUGCGGUCAUGGUAUUUUAGUUCUGCUGGUUCAAAUAUACAUAUUGUGAAUGAUCAUUGACAUUUUUCUCUUUACUACAAUAAACGAAAGUAAAAUGUUUUAUCAUUCUAAAGUUUCCUGCCUGUCCGGACGGCAGUACUCAGAAUGUGAGUACAGUACAUAGGAAAUGACUCAUAGGAGUUGAACUGUUAGCGUGGGUGUGUACUCUAUUAAAACAAGGCUCAGACUACUCCGGGUGACUCAUUGUGAGGCUAGCUUUUCCAUGGUGAAAAACAAAACGGGCUUUUCAUCAGAUGAACUUUCGGGAAUUUCGUUUAUACAAGAAACAUGGCUUCAAACAUUAUAUGUGCGCUUUGUGGACUUGUCAUUGCGACUGUAGCGAACCUAAACGGCGCGAACGGGCAACAAAACCUAUGCAGUAGUUCAGAGUUCUGGAGUUCGGACAUAGACCAAUGCGUAUCCUGCUCAUCAUGCAAGCAGUAUCCAAAGACCCCUUCGUGUAACACUUGCACAUUUGCCAAGGAAAGAUCUGAUGUCUGGAGACUGGCAGCCAUUUCCAGCUUCUCUGUGCUGGCAGUUAUUCUGGUCGCUGCAGUAUUGAUCAUUGGAGUCAUGGUGCAUCGACGCAAGGCACAGAAGAGGCCCCUCCGUGAACCCAUUGAAGAGACAACGGGACCUCUUUACCAAGCGUAAACAUUUCACCUCAUCUUCCUUCUGACAUUGAUGUGACAGAACCAAGGGAACAUCUUUGGAUGACCAACCGAAACAGAAUCAUUUUUGUACAAUGGAUAAUACUCUGACCACAGGGUAUUAUUUGAGUGGAGUUUGACCAUUUAAUUUAUUAUACUGUUAGUAAAGAUGUGUUCACAUACAUUCAGUGUGUUACGGAACGGAGCUCUCACAUAGAACUGUGUUAACAAGCGCUGUCAAUCCCCUACCUUGUCUGCAGUCAGACUGUACUCUGAGUAAGACAAUGUAGUUAGUAAAGAGUAACUCUCACAGCUCUUUUUGAAAUGAUGGCCUUUGAGUAGUGAUGCUAGGUUGAGCUUGUCUAGAUGUUCCAAUAAUCUAUCUAUCGAUAAGUAAGUUGUUCAAUCAAUAAGUAGUUUAAAAAACAGUAGUGAACAUAAGACACAUCUUGAAUGAUGUGGAUUUCCAACCAUUUCUGUCAAUGCUUGAACACCUAUUGUUUUAUUGUAGCUUAUUAGGACGAAUACCAACUACCGAACUGCCUCGACUUGCCAUCAGCAGGAUAAAAGUGAAUACAGCACAACCGUGCUUCUUGGGCCAGGUUUCACAUACUGUACUUCUAUAAGAGUAACGUUUCUCUUUAACAUCCUCGUGAUAAUGAAAAGUAAAAGGGAAAUGUUAGAUUAUAAAUUCAUGUUGGGCACAUUUUGGCAAUUUGAAUGUACUUUUAGGGCAAUUUAUCCAGUCUGUGUUUCCAUGUAGGAACUAUAUGCACUUAGAGCUAGUUGUUUUUUAACUCAUCAUUUUUAAAGGAGUAGAAUUAUUUUAACAGUAUCGUGCACUGUACUCUCUAGGAUCUUCCAAUCAAAAGAGGCAAAGGGGAAAAUAAGUGAACUGAUUAUGAACCUGCGUAUUGGACAUUCUUACACAGGUCAUUUAACCAUUAUACUGUAGAAUGUGUGUAUGCAGGAUAAGUAGUAUAACACAGGGGCUUGCAAACUGUCGUGAUGGAAAAGUUCAAGGUGGUCCAGAAUCCUGUGGGAAUGUGUUUGUAUAGUUCAGGGAUGGGCAACUUUGAUUGGGGUGGGGGCCACAAAAAAAUCUGAACACAUCAUGAGGGGCCACAGUUGUGCCGCCACCCAAUUCUACACAUUUCGCCAAUAUGGUGGAGAGAAAUGUUUGCAGUUUUAAUUAUAUCUUACUGAGACUGACUAACAAAAUCAAUGGGGGGCCCCCCCCCGGGUGGUAAUUUGACCACGAUUACUACAAGUUUAGAUAGCUGAGCACUAGACUAAUUUACCAAUCUAAAAAAUGUUAGCUGACAUGGACUAAUUGAGGAACAAGAAAAACUGCUGAUGCACAACCAAAUUUCUAAAUGGCACCUUGUGUAUUCUACUAUUCUAACUCGCAACAGUAAGUUGAGACCCUGACUAAGCCCUUCCACCUGUUGCCAAUCCCUGGUAUAGUUUAUACUGUUUUUUUCUUCUUUUUGCAAUUAAAUCCAUUCCCGAUGGACAAAUAGGGAAACCUUAGCGUUGUGCUCUCCACAGUUGAAACAAUGGAGAUGAGUCAAUGCUUGUUUUUUUAACACUAUUAGACACUGACUGCCAACCCAGGAAGGAACAUUGCAGUUUAGGGAAAAACAAACUGAACCCUAUUGAAAUGUAUAACCAUGGUAUAACUGUGUACUCAUCUUCAAACUAACUCAGAGCACAAUUUUAGGGCUUGUGUGUCAGGAUAAUGUGGGUGGCUGAAUAUGACUUAAUUCACAUUACUGACAAUAUUACUUAUCAAUAUUAAGUGGAUAUGUAUACCAGCAGCAAGAAAAGGGUCAUUGGACAAUUUUUAUACAGAUAUUGUUUUCAUAUCUAUUUAUUUUGAAUUAUAUAUUUUCUAAUGUUUAUAGUUACAUGUGGUAACAGCUAAAUGUAUGAAUAAAUACUGACGAAGGGACACCUGUAAAGUUGUUUGUAAAACCUCUGACACCAGCUGACCAAUUAGAUUUGUUACUGAGCAAUCAUUUAGGGCUCUAUUCAAUCUAUCGGUGAAGUGGUACAGAUUGUGCAAUAGCAGUGUAAAGGUCAUUUCAGAUUGAGCCGUCAUAUGCAGCAUUUACCAUGAAUGCAGUCUCCGCUAACGCGGAAACAUAGCCUUUAAAUUUCAACGCUAAACUUCCGUAUUUGGAUUGAAUAUUGCCCUAGUGAAUGUACUUUGUCUGUUUGGGUUAUGUACAUGAGUUAGUGUAGUAAUAAGCAUUGUUACAAAUGAACUGACUUUUGUGUUAUAUAGAAUAAAAUUAUGAAUCCCA